AUGUCUCUCUUCCCACGAUCCAUCUAUGCAAACCAGGGCUUUGCACCCCUCUUUCGCCUUCUUGAGGACUUUGACACCUACCAAUCUGGCCAAUCCCAUUGCAGGGGCGGUGGUUUGCCGACCUUCCAGCCUAAGUUUGAUGUACGCGAAACCGGAGAUGCCUACCAACUCCAUGGUGAAUUGGCUGGAAUGAACAAAGAGGAUGUCCAGAUUGAGUUCUCCGAUCCUCAGACCCUAAUCAUUCGCGGGCGCGUCGAGCGCAAAUACACGUCUGAUGAUGCCCCUCUCACCGUCGAGACUAAGACGACUGGAGGCUCCAUCGAAGGAAACAAAACCCAUCAGGCGACUGUGGAGGACGAGGAUUCUGAGGUCGAUGGCACGAUCACCCCGGCCGAGAGUAUAGCGACAACCAAGGACGCCGCGCCCAAGGACAAAGCCAAGUACUGGCUCUCUGAGCGUAGCAUUGGCGAGUUCGCCCGGAGUUUCAACUUUCCUACUCAUGUUCAGCAAGACGCCGUCACUGCAAGCUUGGUAGAUGGAAUUCUGAGCGUGACGGUGCCCAAGCACAAGAAGACUGGCACGUACCGUAUCGCAGUCAACUAA